AUGUUUCAUCCAGUAAUUAAAGAUCGUUCUUACUCUAGAAGAAUCGUGAUACCAGUUAGAUAUCCGGAAAGUUAUGAGAACUUGUUGCGUCAGGAUUACAUCUUACAGUUGGAAGACGAUUAUGCCAAUGACGAAGAUUGCAGCAUCUGUCUUUGUUCACUGAAUAAUUUUUCGGAUGUCGUGUUUUUGAGGAAAUGCAAGCACCAUUUCCACUUGCACUGCUUGGAACAACUCUACUCGUUUGGUAAGCCGCUUAAAUGCCCAUAUUGUCGAAGAGUUUAUAAGUUGAAAUAUGGUAAGUGCAGGAGUGGCGUAUUGGAGACAUACUUUGCAAAAAAUGAGUUGUUGAUACGUUUCGCAUUGAGGAGUUUUGAGUUUAUUUUUGUAUUCAAAAAUAACGAAGAGACCAGACGUGUUACUACUUUGCUGAUGAAAGCUUGGGAGAGGCAGCUUUUGAACACAGGGAUACUGAAUUCGUUAACGUGUUCUUAUAAAAUGUUGAAAUUGGAAGUUAUUAAACAUACUCUGACAAGAUUGAAUGUUUUUGAAAACCAAUUAAUUGAUAGCAUGUUGUAUGGCGCGGACGAUUGUUAUUAUAAAACUCCGGUUAUAUCCAACGAAAUGUACACGGCAGUUUGGAGACGCAAGCAGCCCACUGAGCCUCCGACAUUAUCAAAUGAAUCGAAUGUUAUUGCAAGAAUUAUGCACACGUGUAGACGGCUUUUUAACCCAAUAACUAGGGUUUCCACGGGCCCUGUGGCCUAUUAUACGCAACUAACUUUGUUCCCUCUGAGAAUCACCAUUUUGGCUUUUCUUCUCUACUUUUUUUAUGUUAUGUUUAAUUUCAAUGAGUUGUAG